ACAAGUGCGCGGCGCCUCCGCUGCCUCUCUCCUUCUGAUGCCCCUUCGCGACUGCACGCCAGCCCGGCAGCCGCGGCUCCGGGAGGAUGCGGCUCUUCCUCCUCACUGCAACUUUCUGGGGAUUGUGCCUGGCUCCAGGUUUGGGUUUGCAGAUACAGUGCUACCAGUGUGAGGAGUUCCAGCUAAAUAAUGACUGCUCUGCUCCAGAGUUCAUUGUGAAUUGUACAGUGAAUGUUCAAGAUAUGUGUCAGAAAGAAGUAAUGGAAAAAAGUUUUGGAAUUAUGUAUCGCAAAUCCUGCGCCUCGUCAGCAGCGUGUCUGAUAGCCUCUGCUGGGUACCAGUCCUUUUGUUCUCCAGGGAAGGUGAACUCUGUUUGUAUUAGCUGCUGCAACACUCCACUCUGCAAUGGACCCCGGCCGAAGAAGAGGGGGAAUUCUGGUGUGGUGCCGAGGGCACACGUGACAACCACCGUUCUGGCCCUUAAAUUGGCUCUCUUGGUUUUGUAUUGCUAAACUUCAAGCAAUUUUUUUGCCCUGACACCGUUUGUUCUGUCUCCUCCUCUCUUUAAAGACACUGCAAUUAUUUUCUGUUUGUUUCCAAAUCCCUGUCAACAGCGAGGGAAGUUCAGUGGUUGGGGGGAGAGAGGGGCUGAUAUUUUUGGCAGCUAAUGAAUUCAGUUAGCAGAUUGAAUUUCCAGUGUGCACUUAAAAAUCCCAGCAGCAGCAUAUAGAACUGCUCUUUUUGCAUAAUUGGAAACAAAUCCAUCUGUGUUAUUCCUUUUAAGAUGUAGUCAAUUCCUUAGUCAUUUUUAUUUCCAUGUUUGAAGUUCAUUGCUAAUCGUUAACUUUGCCUUAUGAAGUCAUACUUGAUGUUCACAAAGGCCGUUUUGUGUGUCUGGACUGAGCUCUGAGCUAGUCUCUAGUGGCACUACUUCCAAGCUGUGCUCCGGUGGUUCAAGACCUGGUUUCUGUGGACUGCAGUCAGGCUUGGUAUCAUUCUGAAAAGUACUGAAGAAAACUUUGUUAUUGCCUCUUGUAGAAGAAUUGCGCCUAGAUGAAGUGAAGAGUAGUGAGCGUAGAGACCGGCUGCUUCUUGCUCCGGAGCUCAGGUUGGCCCUAAGAAACUUCUCUUUGUUGGCAUGCUGUAUUGUCAGGCGGCAGCGGAGGACCUGCAGAAACACACUGCGGAACUGCUGAGAAGAGAUGUUGUACAGCAGGGGGUUCACCACCGAACUGAGGUAGAAGAAGACAUCAGCAAUGGGAAGAAGAGUGAUGUACGCUCUGAAGUAGGGGACAGUCCAGUCCUGCUUUGGUUUAGCAGCAGCCAUGAUCCUUCUAACCUGGUUUGGCAUCCAGCAUAUUGCCAGAGUUGCAACAAUCAGCCCUGUGAACAGAAAGAGAAAGAAAGAUACAUGGGGGGAAAAAACAUAAAAUACUUAGUAUCAGUGCUGCACUUGUUAGAAAAUAGUACCAAUUUUUCAAUGUUUUGCUUGACAGCUUUUUCUGCCAGUAGCAUUUUUUUGUUUGUUGUUUUUAAUAACUGUUACAAGGUCAUUGUAGCACAUGCUCUGACAAAAGACUGCAUAGUGUUUGGAUAGUGUUUCUUUGUACCUAUUGUCAUUUCUUAGUUUUCAAAGUGUUCUUUCAUUGAUAUCCGUAUCUUUGGAAAGAAUGCAUUUUUAUUUGGUUUAUGUUCUUACAUUUCUUAUGUCUUUCCCUUUACUUUGAAAAAUAAACAAAAUAAAUAGAACCUAUAGCCAUAUUAGAUCAGGCAAUACCCAGAAGAGAUCAGAUACUUGUUUGUACUUUACAAAAAAAAGUAUGCAUAAUAAUAUAUUUCGUGUUAUUUUUGGUAAAUUUCCUCUUACAGAAGAUAUUUUUAAGUAAAAAUAUGUAUGGAUCUUUUUAUGGUAAUUAAGAUAUGUUGGGCUUUCUUAAAAAUCAAAUUCCAGUGGAAUUAAAUUAUGAAUGUAAACAAGAAAAACCCAAGCCUAGUCAUGAAAGUGUAAGCAGUUUCAGAUUAUAAAUUAUGCUUAGAAAUGUGGUAUCUGACCAUUUUGUAUUUAUAUGUAAAUAUAAAUACAUGUUGCUGCAUUACUAAUGGCAUUAAAAAGGGGGUGACUUAAGUG